AUGGUGAGUUCCGUCGAGAUCCUGAGGAGCACCAGAAUUCCACUGAUUGCUUUCUUACAGCGACCAGUGUCGACGCCGGAAGGUCAAGCCCAAAACGAAGAAUGCAACUACAGCUCCAGCCAGAACAACGACUGGCAGGUAGUAAACAGCCCAGCAAAGGGCGGAGCAGGUCGUGAGCGGACAAGACAGCGAACCAAACAAAUCGAGACAGACUCAACGGCCCUAGCACGACUUCAGGUGCUGGAAACGGAGUAUCUGCAGUUGAAAAAUACGAGGCUCUCUGAUAGCAGCAGUAUUGUGGACGGGAUCGUUGCUCCGGAGAAAGAUGCACAGAGCAAGACGGCCUAUCAAUCGAGCCCUGUGCAUCAUCACUACGGAGAUCACAAUGAAUACACCUUCACAGAGCGUUCUGGAGGUGCUCCUUUAUACAACGGCCCAGGAACCCCAGUGAACCUGCAAAAAUCUCAUUGGGAUAAGCGGGAUGUAGAGACAACGGACACGUUCACGUUGAACAGUGAUGGGAAGAAGGAUAUGACAAUGCCGUCGAAACUCACCGCCCUGCACGAGGACCUGGCUCUACAAUCCGUGAUGUCAACUUCACCCACCAUGGAAUCGACUAUUGGCGAUACCUCGAAGAGCGUUGGGCCGAUCGACGCCACUUUUGUACUGCCACUGCCACGCCCGCGGGAAUUGCUCAGCCUACUACAAAUAUAUUUCGUCGAACACAACCUUUUCUAUCCAUGUGUCGACCGAAAAAGCUUUGAAGCUAAGCUAUUGAAAAUGCUCAUUGACAAGGGCUACGGGAGAGGCUCCCGAACCGUCAGUCUUUCCGCCACGGAGGCAAGCUUUGGCGCUCUGCUCUGCGUGAUACUCGCCCUGGCCAUAUUCAUAAAUCCUCAAGAGCCUGUGUACAAAGACGAUAUGCCCUUACCAGCCCAUAUCACGUGCUCCUUCUGGCACCAUCUGGCGUUAUCUCUAUCGGCACUUUCUCAAACUACCAGAAUACAUGGACUCGACAUCCUCCGUUUCCAUCUAUUGGAGGCAAUGUACCUGGUCAACAGCGAGAGGCUAGCCGAAUCGUCUAGAACACUUGUAACAGCGGUCGAUAUGGCUAUUCGCAUGGGUCUCAACAGGCAAAAGACUUGGGAGGUCUCUAACAACCCGGACCACAACAUGGAGCGGAAAACACUAUGGUGGUCACUAUACUAUAUGGACCGGAAAAUAGCGGAAAAAUGCAGCCGCCCUUAUUUCAUCCGCGACACGGAAGUCGAUGUUCAAGAGUUUUCUUUCACCCAAUCUUUAGACGACAAGCAGGGAGAUCCAGCUAUGAAUCUGACGAGCCGCUCGUGGGAGUUGGCUUACCUACAGACUCUCGUCGAUUGGGCACGUAUUUGGGGCAAGAUAUGGGAUACAUUUUUCGCUGCUCGUGCACCGAGUUUGGGCAACGUCGACGAACUGGAAGCGAUGGAUGCUCGGAUUGAAGGCGUGCGUCGUCGAUUGUCUCCAGAGGUCCGGUGGGAUCCUUCAUUACUAGAACUCGCGGACCACUCUGCAGAACAUGAACUCCAAAUUCGGGCCCGAUUGCUCGUUCUGAUCCGAUUUAACCUCUUGCGGUUGAACUUGCGCCACAAUCCUCUGACAAAGCCGUGGCAUGACCAGUACGCCCUCUCGUUCUGUGGCUCAUUGGCCAUCGAAACAGUCAAUACACUGGUGUCGUAUCUGAACAGGUUCCCCAAUAUCGGCCAAUUGGGAUUCUUCAUCACGGUGGCCUUGGUGGAAUGCGUUUGUCAACUCAUCCCUUCCAUCGUCAUGGGUGUCUCUCAGCCUGACCGAGACGCUGCAAUUGGCGCAGUAAAGGAUGCUCAAAAGAUCAUUCACCUUGUCUCAAUCCGUCACGCGGCCGCCAUGCGGGCGGAAAUGGCCCUGAGUCAAGUGUUUUCCAUCAUCAACGUAUGGCUCAAGAACGAUGACCCCCUCAAUGGCCAGAGUUCCCAAUUUGAACCAGGGUCAGGGACGAUAACCCCCAAGCUGUUCGAAUUUCUUUGUGACGGAGAUAUUUGGAACUUUGAGCCCGAGCAGUUUGCUGGGAUCGAAGUGGAUCCGUCCACUGGAGACUUUUCGUCGACCCUGAAAACGUUCCUACAGGACUCUUCGACGGAGCAGCUUGAUCCAAGGACAGCUGUGGGAUAA